GCCAGGGACACCGGACGGGGUGGGGGCCGACGUGGUCCCGGUCACGGACAGGGGCCAUGGGCUGUAACUGCAGCUCUGACUAUGAUGAUGACUGGAUGGAAAACAUUGACCUGUGCGACCGUUGCCACUACCCCAUCGCCCCGGAAAGCAAAGCCCAGCUCCCCUUCCGCAACGGCUCCGAAGUGCGGGACCCUCUGGUCUCCUACGAGGGCUCCCACCCGCCCGUCUCCCCGCUGCAAGACAACCUGGUGGUCGCCCUGCACAACUAUGAGCCAGUCCACGAUGGGGACCUGGGCUUCCAGAAGGGCGAGCAGCUCCGCAUCCUGGAGCAGAACGGAGAGUGGUGGAAGGCCCAGUCUCUCACCACCGGCCAGGAAGGCUUCAUCCCCUUCAACUUCGUGGCCCGAGCCAACAGCCUGGAGCCGGAGCCUUGGUUCUUUAAAGAUCUGAGCAGAAAAGACGCGGAGAGGCAGCUGCUGGCUCCGGGCAACAUGCAUGGCUCCUUCCUGGUGAGGGAGAGCGAGACCACUAAAGGCUCCUACUCGCUGUCGGUGAGGGACUUCGACCAAACCCAGGGAGAAGUCGUGAAACAUUACAAGAUCCGCAACAUGGACAAGGGCGGCUACUACAUCUCCCCCCGAAUCACCUUUCGCAGCCUGCAGGAUCUGGUCAAGCAUUAUACCAACAACACGGAUGGGCUCUGCACCCGUCUCAGCAAGCCAUGCCAGACCCACAAGCCACAGAAGCCCUGGUGGCAGGAUGAGUGGGAGGUCCCACGGGAGACACUGAAGCUCGUGGAGAGGCUGGGAGCCGGCCAGUUUGGGGAGGUCUGGAUGGGAUACUACAACGGACACACCAAAGUGGCAGUGAAGAACCUGAAGCCCGGCAGUAUGUCUCCCAGCGCCUUUCUGGCGGAAGCCAACCUCAUGAAGAACCUGCAGCACUCCAGGCUGGUCCGUCUGUAUGCCGUGGUCACCCAGGAGCCCAUCUACAUCAUCACCGAGUACAUGGAGAACGGGAGCCUGGUGGAUUUCCUCAAGACCUCCGAGGGUGUCAAACUGACCAUCAGCAAGCUGCUGGACAUGGCGGCACAGAUCGCAGAGGGCAUGGCCUUCAUCGAGGAAAAGAAUUACAUCCACCGGGACCUGCGCGCGGCCAACAUCCUCGUGUCGGAGAGUCUGUGCUGUAAGAUCGCGGACUUUGGGCUGGCCCGGCUCAUUGAGGAUAACGAGUACACGGCCCGGGAGGGAGCCAAGUUUCCCAUCAAGUGGACGGCCCCCGAGGCCAUUAACUACGGCACCUUCACCAUCAAGUCGGACGUCUGGUCCUUUGGGAUCCUGCUGACGGAGAUUGUCACCUACGGGCGGAUACCGUACCCAGGUAUGACCAAUCCCGAGGUAAUCCAGAACCUGGAGCGGGGCUACCGCAUGCCCCAGCCGGAAAACUGCCCGGAGGAGCUGUAUGACCUGAUGCAGCUGUGCUGGAAGGAGAAACCGGAGAACAGACCCACUUUCGAGUACAUGAAGAGCGUUCUAGAGGACUUCUUCACAGCCACCGAGGGCCAAUACCAACAGCAGCCCUGAGGGCCCUUGCCCGGAUCUGCCCCCAGGAGCGGCCUGAGUCCCCGCCGAGCCCGGGAACCCGGCGGCCCGGCCCGGCGGCCCACCACCCUCGGACAUAUACGCAGCAUGCCAAGCGCGUGGACUGGCUCUGUCGAGAAACCACCUAUU